UAUAGAAAUAAAAAAAUUUCGCUGGUGCGGAGUGGGACUGUGGGAGGCGAGGCGAUGGAUGUGGCCGCGGCAGGAACGGUCCGCCGCCGCGCGGCGGCCGGAGGAGCUGCUCGGCCCGCGCCGCCGCUCCCCGUCGUGGCCGCGGGUGGGCUCGCCGACUUGAUGCCUCGUCGACAUGCGACGCCCUCGCGCAGAACAUCAAGAGGCUUCACGUCGAGGCGCGGUUGGUGGAGGUGGACCAGAUCCGCUGCUGCGGCCGUCAAGGCCGCUACCCUGGGAAAUCAGGUUGCUCACAGCAAUGCAAUCUUCAUUGUGUGCUCGAUCAAGUUAAUUUCACUUGCAGUGGUUCAAAAGAGAAUAUCUAGCAUAAAAGUCAAUCCUUAGGCGAGGUUAUGAUAUAGAGUGUGGGGAACAGGAAAGGCAAGUCCCUUUCAUGCCAUUCUUCAAAUCCUGGAGAGUCUGUCAGCUGCUAUCUGUAGCUUGGUGUUAUUGCAGUUUACAAGGGGCUUAAAAAUGUUUACUAAAGAAUGCAGCCCAGUAAAGCUCUUUGCUAAACUCUUGAAAGUGGAGGAACAAGAUGUGAGCUCUGCACCAAUCAAAUUGUGCUUUAUGAGAGAAUGAUGUAAGACAAGAUGCCAUGAUAGAAAUGUGUUAUUUAGCAGAUAAUGUUAGGUAGCAGCUGCUCUCAGACACAUGAACUCACUGCAACCAGCAAGGCAGACGGUAUUUAUCUACUUCUGCAAUUUCAUGAACAUAUGGACAAGUCGGAGCAGAGCAGUGGAACCAAUCUGUAGUUCUAAUCUCUAAUCUCAGAGUUGGGGUAGCAAUCAUCCAGGUCAUUCCGUUAAUCUUCUUCGUCCUCCUGUCGAAUGCUCCUCAUCUUCUCUUACAGUUGCUCAUGAUGUUGCACUGUUGCAUAUCAUAGAAGGACAUCAUAGAGACUGUCAACAAGCAUCUCCACUCUAAUUAAAUUAGUUCAUGAGUUGUAAACCUUAUUAAACUUGAUAGGAGUGGUAUCUAGGAUGUUAAUGUUCCGUUUUGUGUACAUUCACAAUGACCGUUUCUUCAGGUUUUGAGUUAUCAAACCAGGCUACAAGUUACUGUGGGGCUUGAACCGCUGGCUUGCUGCAUAAUGCAUUUAAGAUAGCUCCAUACAGGAUUUUAUGGUAGUGCUUAAGUGGAGUUGUGCAUAUGUUUUUGAAAGCAAAGCCUAUUAAUAGGAGAAAUUUUUCUAAGAAAAAUGAAAGUUUUCAGGUGUAUACCAGCAUACAAUUUAGUUUAUUGAGAUUCCUAGCUAGAAUGCAUUUCUUUUUAAAUGAAAUGCUUGCUACAAAGUAUAUAGUUUACAAUACAAUGUACUAAUAUAUUUUAUUUGAAGAUUAAACGCUAACUGAAGUUUGCUUUUUGAGGACAUAAGGAUUACUGAAGCAUAUACUUUUCUUGAACGCAUACACAUGAUAGCUUAAGCUCCUAAACUAAGCCAAUGGACAAAUGAAAUUUUAAAACUAGAUGCAUUCUUUGGUUUCUUUCUGUCACAUGUAGUUACAUGGUCUCCCCGUAUGCAUUCCCCUGUCAGAAGCAUCACCCCUGUUGGAUGUAGCUGAUGGUUUCUCUGCAACCAAGGCACAGAAGAGUACCUAAAGGAAGAGAUUGUCAGAAUCAAGUCUGAAUGCCAAAUUGUUGCCCUCAUUACAGUACCAAAUAACGCUUGUGAUGGUUGUUCCCUUUACAGUUCAAGCAAGGGUGCUUAGUCGCAAGGAAGAUUGGAGUUUAGAAUCCUUCUGCCAACACGAUACUACUGCGUUGUUGUUGUGACUUCAGUAUUGUCGAAUGCAUAAUUAUUUUGAUAACUAAUAAGUAUUUUGUGCUUUUUGCUGCUUAACCUUUUAAACUAUUGACCUGGCAUUUGCAAACUUAGACUCAGUUACCUAAUAUCAUUUUAUGAGGAAGCUCUUGUCCCUGUUAAAAUGCAAACCCUUCCUACUGUUUACACAAUAGGUCGUGCAAGGCACGCCGAAUGUUCUUCAAUGAUCUGUUCUUCAAUGAUUUACGUAGUAGUAAGGAUCCAAUUGAGAUCACAUGAUAGGGCGCGCAACGCGCGCUUCAUGUUCUAGUCCCAGUUUGACAGUCCGGUCCAUUACUAGCAGCAUCAGGGCCCGCUCUCCCCGCACCGGCCAUGGACGGGCACGUCCGGCGGCUGCUGAACCGCGUGUCGAUCGCUCUGGCGACCGUCGCCACCGCGGCGCUGCUGCACCUGUUCCGCCGCUCCUCCUCGACCUGCUUCGCCGGAGGCACCGGAUCGCCGACGUACGCGUCCCUAUCUCUGGCGCCCUUCCCGCGCACCUCUUGCGACGCCGCAUCCCGCCGCGUCGUGGACCCCGACAUCCGCCUCGCCAAGCUCCGCGCCUCCCCGCGCUGGCGCCGCCACAGCGCGGCCCUCUCCGCGGCCGCUUUCGCCCCGCUCCACCGGAUGCGCCUACUCGGCGAGUCCUCGCGCGUCCUCUGCGUCGCCGCGGGCGCGGGGCCGGCCGUGGACGCGCUCCACGCGGCCGGCGUAGGGGACGUCAAGGGCGUCGAUCUCGUGGACUUCCCGCCCCUCGUGCGCCGAGCAGACGCGCACAACCUCCCGUUCUUCGACGGCGCCUUCGACAUCGUGCUCGCCGACGACCCCGGCGCGGUCGCCGGCGCGCUCUUCCCGUCCCGGUUCGCGGCGGAGGUCGAGCGCACCGUCCGACGCGGUGGCGCGAUCGUGAUCGCCGUCGACCGGCACUUCGGUUUCUCUACCGUCGCUGGCCUCUUCACGAAGUCCCGCGUCGUGGAGGUGAGGAAUGCGACGCUGAAUGGCUCCCUUGUGAACAUCGUCAUCUUGAGGAAAAUGAGGAGUAACAGAAUCAAAUCCCUGCCCCAUUGAUUCCAUUGUCACUAUUGUUGUUCUAUUUUGUUAUUUUUA